CGUUAAUUUCGGAGUACUGCUCAAGGGGGUCUCUACCCGAUCUCAUGGCCAGAAUGACAGUGGACUUUGAUCUACAGUUCGCAUUCAUACUUGAUAUCUUACGGGGACUGCGGGCAGUGCACCGUUCUCCCGUGAAGUACCAUGGAAACUUGACCAUUCACUGCUGUCUGAUCGACAAGCAUUUUACUGCAAAGAUUGGUCGUGCCGGCUUUCAGCGUCUUGAACAGCGCUUAAAACACAACGAUAUUGUUGUCGAUGAUCCACAAGGUCAACAGGCUGUGUACGAUGUACUUGACGACGAGGAUCCAAAACACGACAUUCAAGCCGUGGCGUUUGUGUUGAUUUACAUUAUGGCACACGAGGAUAUAAUCAAAACUGCGGACGAUUUGCGGAGAUGGCGGGUCGAACAAGACAAUCAACUGCCAAGACGACUGAACCCCAUGUUUUCAGUUAUUGAAGCAUCGUUAAACCCCUCCGCCAGUGAACGACCUUCUGCUGCGCGGCUGCUGAUUACCUGCACUGAAGCAAUGGACCGGACGGAAGGCUCGAACUUUAUGGAGAAAGUAAUUAGGCGUCUAGGAACCUACACCGAUGAACUGGAUCGACAGGUGGCGACCCGAACCCUGCAGCUAAUCGAUGAACAGAGACGGUGUGACCUUUUGCUGCGAGAAAUGCUACCAGUAACGGUGAUCGGUGAAUUGAGAAGUGGUACUAUCCCGAAACCGGAAAUGUUCGAUUUGGCGACUUUGAUGUUUACAGAGAUUGGCGGUUUCUUGAACGUAUUAGCUUUGACCGAACCAAAAGAUGUUUUGUUGUUUUUGAAUGAGGUGUACAUGGCGUUCGAUAAGGCGGUGGAUCUUUUUGAUGUGUACAAAGUGGAAACUAUCAAAGAUUCUUACAUGGUGGUUAGUGGUAUACCUAUUCGUAACGGAACCGAACACGCGCAAGAGAUCUGCGGUCUUGCCACUCGCUUACUUCGCACUUAUUCCUCUAUUCAAACGUCAUUUAACGACACCGCUUUCCGAGCGGGAGUGCAUACCGGCAGAUGCGCAGCAGGCGUGGUUGGGCUUAAAGUGCCACGAUACUGUUUAUUCGGCGAUACGAUAAAUACCGCGUCGAGGAUUUUGAUGUAUGGUGCAGAUUCCCGAGUGCAUCUUAGUUCCGCCACUGCGGAAUUAAUCGUUAAGACUUCAAAGUACCAAGUGGAAGAACGUGGCGCACAGCGUUGUGCCGGUAUUGUACAUUAUCCUGGAGAAAUUUCAUGGAAACGAAAAAAUUCACAAACAGUUAAGUGUCACGCUACACCGUCUCAAUGAUUCUCCUGUGGCAUUUACUGGAUGGAGUCUGGUAAAUUUGGAUACCAACUUUAUUUUCACGAUUAUCGGCUUGCUGGUGACGUAUUUGUUGGUAGCCCACGAAAUUACCUCUCGUAACGACUCGACAUCCAAAGCUGGUUUUCCUAGUGCAAUAAACUGCUUCUUGAUAAACGGGACUUGCAGUUGCUGCC